CCUAAAUCAACAGAAAUUUUUUAUUUAUCAACAAAUUAGGGAAAAAAUCAGUGAUGAAAUAUGUUUUUUAUACGGUUUUCCAUUUGAUUUUAGCUCGAAGACAAUGUCUCCGUUAUUUUCUGCCAUCUUUUUGCUCGGCCUGUGCCUGGCAAACGGCAUCAACUUCACAACCGUCUACCAGUGGGACAAAUUCGAUUUCGUCUGGCCAUCAGGAGCGGACCCUUCAAUCGAACAGAUUAAAGAUGAAUACAAGCCAGGCAAUGUUUUUCUUCGAUACAUGGCUGUUUUCAGAGAAAGGCUGUUUCUAAGCCUUCUUGGCGGUUCCACAAUUCCCGCCACGUUGGUGUGGCUGCCAAUUAGCGGCUCGUCGACUGCACCUCCAAAGCUUACUCCUUUCCCCUCCUUGUAUUUACACAAACGAGACAACUGUGAUUCUAUUCAGGAGGCCACAGGAAUGGAAACGGACCGUGAUGGUCGGUUGUGGAUGCUUGAUAACGGUAGCUGGGAUUGUCCGAGCAAAUUUUGGAUUUUCAACCUUCUCAAGAACGACACAACCGAGCGAGUUCACCACUUCCCGGACGCAGUCGUGUCUCAUUCAUAUGCAAAAAGGGCCCUGCGUAAUAUCGUGCUCGACAAAACAACAGACGAUUAUCUUGCGUACAUCACGGACUAUUUUUCAGAGCACGUUGUCGUUUAUAGUCGUAAAACGAACAAAUCGUGGACAGUUAAAACACCAGGCAGACAGUGGUAUUCCUUGGCCCUCUCUGCUAACAAGAGACAGUUAUAUCUAAGUAGAUUUGAAUUCAAAGAACUGUACUCAAUGUCUGUGUCUGAGCUGAAGAAUGAAGGCGGAAUAAGCGCUAAUUCUGUCAAAUUAAUCGGCAAAUGGAAUGAGGAACCCAACAGAAUGUUAAUCGACAGCGCUAAUGUCUUGUAUGCUGCCUUUUGGUACCAGAAUUACCUCUCCAAAUGGAAUACUUCGGAGCCCUUUCGUGAACAGCGAUUUCACGAGGUCGGAGUUCUGCGUGCAGUUCUUCCAUUUACUUUUGCCUUGGACGCGAACCGCAAUUUAUGGGUGACGGAGAGAAAUGCAACUGAGGAUUGGACUAAGCCUAAGCACAAACUACUCAAGGCUGCAGUCGGCGCCAGAUCGUAUCAAUUCGGCACGUCCAAAGAUUUGCCAUCGCGUGGCUGACCCUGAGGAUGAGCCACAUUUCGAUGGACAACCUCGCUCUCCUGGACAACAGACAGUCUUCUACUGAGACUAUUAUAAAAUAAAUUCUGUUUCAUUUUAAUUAAUAAUUCUUUUAAAAUAUCGUAGAGAUGGUUGUAGCGCUUUAUAUUAGUUUAUCGUCUUUUUUAACAGAAUAAUCUUUUAUUUGUAAGAAUACUUCAAGGUAAAUAAAAAUAUGUAUGUCUUGCAUUAUUCCCUAUUUA